AUGGGUCAUAGGUUACUUAAAUUAGAACUUACCAUAUGUGCCGGUCUGCUGCUGAUCCUCGCGGCAGGAAUAGAAGGACGACAAAAGGAUCCUUCGUGGACAGGAUAUUACAGGGAUAAUGGAACUCACUAUCUGCUGUACGAAAAGCAAAAGGUCGCGCGACCAAACGUCCUACCUUUCAGAAACAUAUCCUCGAAUCCCUUCAUAAACGCCUUGGAAUCGCAGGACAAUUUGCCCACCAGGAUCGUCAACGGCUAUAGGAUCUCGUGCGAGGAAGCUCCGUUCCAGGGAUCCGUGCACUACGAUGGCUACUUCGUUUGCGGCUGUUCGAUCAUCAACAGUGUCUGGGUGCUCACUGCCCACCACUGCUAUUUCGGACCAGCCGAACACUACCAGGUGCGAGUGGGAACCGAUCAGCAAAGACGCUUUGGGCAGCUUCGUGAUGUGAGAAAGAUCGUGGCACUGAAAGAAUAUGAUGAAUACACCAUGCGACACGAUCUGGCCAUGAUGAAGCUGAAGUCGCCGCUCUUCUACAACCGCUGUGUGCAGCCCGUGAAACUGCCCUCACCCGAAAUAAAGAGAUUUCCCAGAAAAUUCGUGGUCAGUGGCUGGGGCAUUACGUCGGUAAAUGCCCAAAAUGCCCAGCGUUAUCUUCGCCGUGUGGGACUGGACUUUUUGAGCAGGGCAAAGUGCCAGAAAAUGUACAAGAAGGCCGGCUUGCAGAUUUACAAGGACAUGAUCUGCUGCAGCCGCUCGAAGAAGGACAGCUGCUCCGGCGACUCUGGCGGUCCGCUCACCAGCCACGGCAUCCUCUACGGAGUGGUGUCCUGGGGCGUUGGUUGCGCCAAUAGGAACUAUCCCGGUGUUUAUGUCAACUGCAAGCGAUACGUUGACUGGAUAAAAAGAUGCAUUAGAAAUUAUUAG